CAAUCCAACUAUUUAACCAUAACUCCGUAUUACACCAUCGUCUUGUCGUUUUACAUGGUUCAGGAUAACCUAAAACAGUUCCUACUACCAUUUUAACAGGGCUCCCUUUCUCUCCCUUAAAUACUCCUAUAACCCACCUCCCUCCUCUCCAACAUCCCCCAUUAACUAAAUCAGCAUCAGCUAUUCAGCAGUGGCUCACACGCUCCUUUCCUAAUCGAUGAAGAGUUUCAAUUUUUUAGCUAUAUUUUAUUUAAUUUUUAUGGUGUUUCGGAGCCAUGGGCUCUCACCUGAUGGGCUUGCGCUCCUCGCCUUCAAGUCGGCCGUCUCCGACGACCCCGGCGGCGCACUCGCCGGCUGGAGGGAGGAUGACGCGGACCCGUGCGGGUGGCCCGGUGUCACCUGCGCCAAUGUCUCUGGCUUUUCCUACCCCCGCGUCGUCGGCGUCGCCGUCGCCGGCAGGAACCUCUCCGGCUACGUCCCCUCUGAGCUCGGCUCCCUUAUCUUCCUCCGCCGCCUCAACCUGCACGGAAACCGCCUCUCUGGCUCCAUCCCCACACCUCUUUUCAACGCCUCUUCUCUCCAUUCUCUUUUUCUUUAUGAUAAUAAUCUUUCCGGCGUCCUCCCGCCUGCCUUCUGUGACCUCCCCCGCCUUCAGAACCUCGACCUUUCCGGGAACUCCCUCUCCGGCCCGCUCCCGCCGGAGCUCCGCAACUGCCGGCAGCUCCAGCGGUUUCUUUUAUCCCAGAACCGCUUCUCCGGCGAGAUCCCUGCCGGGAUCUGGCUGGAGAUGGUCUCCCUCGUCCAGCUCGACCUCUCCUCGAACCAGUUGAAUGGAUCCAUCCCGCCCGAUCUCGGCGAUCUCGAUUCCCUCGGCGGCACCCUGAAUCUCUCCCACAACCAGUUCUCCGGCGAGAUCCCGAGCUCUCUCGGGAAAUUGCCGUCCACGGUGAGCCUCGAUCUUCGGUACAACAAUCUCUCCGGCGAGAUCCCGCAGGCGGGGUCGCUGGCGAACCAGGGCCCGACGGCGUUUUUGAAUAACCCGGGGUUAUGCGGGUUCCCGCUGCAGAUCCCGUGCCAGGACCGCCCGGCGGGGCCGCCGGGGCGGCAGGUGGCGCCGCGCGGGAAGGAGGCGGCGCGGGAGAGGAAGGGACUCCGAACGGGUCUCAUCGUUAUCAUCUCGGUGGCGGACGCCGCCGGCGUCGCCUUGAUCGGGCUGAUCGUCGUCUAUCUCUACUGGAAGCUGAAAGACCGCGACAAGUGCUGCAGCUGCACCGGGAAGAGCAAGUUGGGUGGAGAAGGGGAGAAAAGCGGGGGGUGCGGGUGUUGGUCGGCGGGGAGCGGCGGGACGGAGGAGGGGGAGUCGCAGAAGGACGCGGAGAGCGGCGGCGGCGGAGGGGAGGGGAAUUUGGUGGCGAUCGAUAAGGGGUUUUCGUUCGAGCUGGAUGAGCUUCUGAGGGCGUCGGCGUAUGUACUGGGGAAGGGUGGGUUGGGGAUAGUGUACAAGGUGGUGCUGGGAAAUGGGGUUCCGGUGGCGGUGCGGCGGCUCGGGGAGGGCGGAGCGCAGAGGUACAAGGAGUUCGUGGCGGAGGUGCAGGCGAUCGCGAGGGUGCGCCACCCGAAUAUUGUGAAGCUGAGGGCAUACUACUGGGCGCAGGAUGAGAAGCUGCUCAUCACCGACUUCAUCUCCAAUGGCAACCUCGCCACCGCUCUCCGAGGCCGAUCCGGUCAACCAACUCUCUCUUGGUCCAUAAGGCUUCGGAUAGCCAAGGGAGCGGCCCGUGGGCUGUCCUACCUCCACGAAUACAGCCCACGAAAGUUCGUCCAUGGCGACGUCAAGCCUUCCAACAUCCUCCUCGACGGCGACUACAACCCCUACGUCUCCGACUUUGGUCUCAUUCGCCUAAUCAAUAUAGCCAGCAGUGACCCUUCCUCCUCUACGGGCGGCGGCGGCGGCGGCGGCGGCUUCAUGGGCGGGGCCCUUCCUGCCAUCAAGCCCACUCCACCGGAUAAGCCCAAUAACUACCGGGCUCCCGAGGCUCGAGCCUCCGGAAGCCGGCCCAACCAGAAGUGGGAUGUCUUCUCCUUCGGCGUGGUCUUGCUUGAACUCGUGACCGGGAAGCCACCCGAGUUCUCGUCCCCCUCGUCAUCUUCCAUGCCGCUAGAGCAUGUGCCGGAGCUGGUGAGGUGGGUGAGGAAGGGGUUCGACGAUGCGAAGCCGCUCCAGGAUUUAGUGGACCCGGUGCUCCUCCGCGAGGUUCAUGCCAAGAAGGAGGUGAUCUCCAUGUUCCAUAUAGCUCUUGCAUGCACCGAAGCAGACCCAGAGCAGCGGCCCAGGAUGAAGGUAGUAUCAGAGAAUCUUGAUAAAAUUGGGACGUAGAUAAGUUCAUACCAUGUACGAGAAACAUGCAUGGCAUAGAUGUAGGGAAUGGUCAAGCAAAAAAUGGCGAAAGGAAAUAGAUAUUGCUGGUUUUGGACAACUUAUUUUUUGGGUUGGUAUGGGUGGAUAAAGAAGAUUGUUUUUUUUCCUGAUCAUUCCUGGUUUUCUGAGUGGGGCUUUACCUCCUUGAAAGUUGGUGGAGUUUUUUGUUGUUGUUAAAGGAUGAUGUAGCAUGUAGCACAUAUAGGAGGUUGGUUCCGAAUGGGGAAUCUCUUCCCAGGUUAGCAGCUGGGCUGAUCAGUGUUUGCUUCCAUGAUUAAGUAUUCUUUUAAAUUGUGUCUUUCAAAUGAGAGUGCGAUAAAUCUUGUAAUACCUUCCCCAAUUUAUUUAGUAAUAAUAUGUCAUAUCUUUCUUGUUUAUUAA